AUGGCGCCUUCAUGGAAUAAGCUCGCCAACACCCUUCAGAUAUCCGCCGACUACUCGAUACCACCCGCCGGUCUCCAAUGGCGCAGCAACACCUUCUUCAUCAUUGCAACCGUUGCCAUUGGUCUCUUUACCGACCUGUUUCUCUACGGCUUGAUCGUCCCCAUUCUCCCCUACAUGCUCAAUGACCGCCUGGGAAUACCUGAAUCCGAUGUCCAACCCUAUGUUUCCGGUUUACUCACCGCCUAUGCCGCUGCCAGUGUCCUCUUCAGUCCUGUUGCUGGCGUGCUGGCUGAUCGCGUGAGCACCCGUCAGGCACCAUUUCUGCUGGGCUUACUGAGCCUACUCGCCGCAACUGUGCUGCUGUUCUUCGGUAACAGCAUGGCUGUGCUUGUGAUUGCUCGUGUCCUGCAAGGAGUGGCUGCUGCUGUUGUGUGGACUAUCGGAUUGGCAUUAUGUCUGGAAACCGUCGGCUCGGAGAAUCUGGGAAAGACCAUUGGAUCUAUCUUCAGCUUCAUCUCUGUGGGAAAUCUGGUCGCCCCGAUAUUGGGAGGCGUACUAUACGACAAAGCCGGCUAUCCCGGCGUCUUCGGAAUUGGCUUUGCAAUCCUGGCAAUUGAUUUUAUCAUGCGGUUGUUGGUCAUCGAGAAGAAAGUUGCAGCACGCUACGAGACCAAGGAUCCCACUCAAGGAGAUCUGGACCAGGAUCUUCAACACGAAAGAAAUCGUCGGGAUUCUGCCAACGAGGAGAACGGUGACACCGAAGAGACUCCACUCCUAUCCAAGAAAGAACAGGACUACUACUACAUCUCGCCGGACCAGCCCCCGAUUGUGCAGAAGUUCAAGUUGCUGCCUUGUCUCAAGCAUCCCGGUUUAGUCACUGCCUUCAUUAUUGCCGGAGUCCAGGCAUUCCUCCUUGGCGCCUUCGACGCGACCGUCCCCACCGUCGCACAGCAAUACUACACCUUCUCCCCGCUCAAAUCCGGCCUCCUCUUCCUCCCCCUCGGCGUCUCCGACUUCCUCCUCGGCCCCGUCUUCGGCUGGGCCGUCGACCGCGCCGGCACCAAGCCCGUCGCCACCUUCGCCUACCUCUACCUCGUCCCCAUCCUCAUCCUCCUCCGCCUGCCCCGGCCCUGCCCUUCCUCGCCCUCAUCCCUCUCCCUCCUCGCCUCCAUCAACCCCCGCGAAGCCCCCACCUCCGCCGCCCUCAAAACCCUCGCCGCCUGCGCCGACCCCAACAAGCAAAUCGCCACCUGGUCCGCCCUCCUCUUCCUCGCCGGCGCCGGCCUCGCCGCCACCAGCGCCCCCAGCAUCGUCGAGGCGGGGGCUAUCGUGAAAAAGUUUCAUGAGCGCAACCCGGCCUUUUUUGGUGCGGACGGCCCGUACGCGCAGCUGUAUGGCUUGAGCAGCAUGGUGUUUAGCGCUGGCUUGACGGUCGGUCCGCUGGUUGCGGGCGCGUUGAAGGAGAGGAUUGGGUAUGGCGAUAUGAAUGCCGUUAUCGCGGCGGUGUCGGGGGUCACGGGCGUGGCGGCGUUUGUGUGGAUUGGUGGAAGGGUGGGGUGGGGGGAUGUGCGGAGGAUGCUGGGGGGUGGGCGGUGGACGGUGGAGAGGGCGUAG